CAUGGCAACUGCAGCGAGCAGCCUUCGACAGGGAGCGAGGCGGGCUGGGCUUUGAUUCAAAGCCAAGUUGCAUUUAGUUGAACAUACUUGUAACUAGCUGGGCAGACAACUCUGGGAUGCAUGUAUCAGAGCAGAUGGACCUGAGGAGGCAUGGCAGUAGCUCCACCCCAGACUAUUCAGAGGAUACGUUUACAUCUUUCAGUGAAGGAGAGGAGGAAACCUACCGACAAUAUGAAAAUGAUCCAUUUGAAUCUUAUUACUCUGGAGAGGAGUCAGAAUCCCGUGCUGUGUUGGAUCUGUCUGAAAGCAUAUGGCAAUCAUCAAGUCAAAAUGAUGAAGAUCAAAAACCAGAAGUUUUGGAAUCUGCAGCUGUAAAAGAAUAUUUAUUUAGAAAAUGGAUCAGUCUCCUGAAAGAAAACAAAGAAAACAAAGCUAGCACUCGGCUACCUAAACCUGCCAUUGAAACAAUUAACAAAAUUAUUGAGGUAUCUGAGGAAGAACUGAGUGCUCUACAAUCCUUUUGUGCCAUCAAAAUAAAUCAGCUCCAUCAUGUGCCAAGCCCAAUGCCAUUGAAGAGGAGCAAGCAUAAUGAACAGAGGCAUGGAUUCACUUCAGAGAAGCCAUUGACAUUUGAUUUGAAUUGCACAGUCCCUGAUCAACUACUGAACAGACUCCAUCUGAAAAAUAUCAAGGAGACACUGAAACAGGUAGCAGACACUGAAAUGCAUCAACCUUCACAAUGUGUCCAUUGUACCAAGAAAAGGGCAGAGCUGGCUGAUGAUGCUUUUCUCCGACGAUGGAAGAUCUUGAUGGAAGAGGUUUUACUUAAAGAGAAGUUGGAAGAGUACAUGUAUACCAAAGAUUCUCUCACCCUCAUUGGAGAAAUGCACAGAUGUCUUCCGAAGCUGUCUGGGGAUCCCAGGAACAUAUGGCAGGAACUGAAUGAGAGAGGUCUGAAAGUGUAACACCUAGCUGGGUUAGAACAUUGAUCAAAUCAGGUAUAUAGGCACAAUCCGCACAAACUGAGCUAUGUAGGAUAUAUUGGACAAACUAUGUUCUGGACAGAUAUGCCCCUUGCAAUUGAUUUGGUUUCUGGGGUCCAACUCUGCAUCCUGUCCCAGAGCCAACAGAGCAAUAUGCUGCCAUCUAAAAAAAAAUUCAGAUUGUAAAAGGUACUUUAUUUUCAUUAUCAUUCUGAUAAUCCAUAAGUAUGGUUUUGGUGAGUUUCCUUUCAUGAUAUGGGAGCUGUGCACAGAUGCUUCUACCUGUAAGGAAAACAAAUGGAUUUUUCAAGGCAGAGAGAUAUAAGGAAGAUUAGGUUUCAGCUCAGUCUGUCUCUGCUGCCUCUGGUUAAAUUGAAAGGUGGAGCCCCAGGUAGAAGGUGACACAGUGGAGCAAGAGGGAAGUUCCAAAGGAAGAGUAGAAGAGGUUAAAUGGAGUGGGUUUUCUCUGUCUUUCUGAAAACACUAACAAUAUGAACUGGAAUUAAUCCAUUACCCCGAGGAUUCCAAGUCAAGAAGCAGAGAUAUUUAAAAAGUAAUGUUAGUUUGUUGAACAAAGCAGUUGACAAAACUCAAAUAAAAUGUUCAAAUGCUGUUCUUAUAUUUGCUUUGUUCAAUGUCAAUUGUUUUUUCCUAUUGUGAAAUGUGCAGGGAAUAUGAUUGAAGGGCAGAAUAAAAACAUAAUAAUUGUCUCUUGAGACAGAUGGAUGCCAACCAAGUCCAAAGAAAAGAGGUUUAUCUGUCUCUACAAGGGAUAAAAGCUCUGAGGUGUGUAGCAAAAUCAGAAUGGCUGCUGUUGCUGGAUACACUUAUCCACAUCUUGUAUGUAUGAGACCAAUCAUGGGUGGACCUGGACUAAGACAAAUAAGUGUACCACCAGGGAAUGGGUUUGGGAGAAUGUGAGGCUAAUGUCCAAUAUCAAGACGAAGGUCUACCAGGCUUGCGUGUUGAGCAUGCUGGUGUAGGGAAGUGAGUUGUGGGCAACUUAUACCCACCAGGAGUGACACCUCAAAGCCUUCCAUAUGCACUGUGUCAGGAGGAUUUGGGGCAUCACAAGGCAAGACGGCGUUUCAAACAAAGAUGUGCUCUCCCAAGCCCACAUUCCCAGCAUGUUCUGUCUCAGCAAUGUCUAUGCUGGCUUGGUCAUGUCCACAGAAUGGAAGAUGGAAGGAUCCACAAGGAUGUGCUCUGUAGGAAGCUGGCUUCAAGCACCAGUAACUCUGUGUUACAAAGAUGUCUGCAAGUGUCACAUGAAGGCUAUAGCAGCAUUAGCCCCUUGCAGACGAUAGUGCCUGGAGACAGAUAGUCUGGUUGUAUAUCCAGCAGUGACCAGAGUAGGGAUGACCGCUGGGAGGAGCAAAGAGAGAAGAAAUGUCAGGUUGCAUCUGCAGCAACACAACCAGAUGCCUUCAUCUGCCCCAGCUGGAACAAAACAUGUCUCUCAUAUUGGUCUGUACAGCCACAACAGGUGCUGUAACUCUCCCAACAGUUUGACUUCACCCCUGAAGACGCACUCUUCUAUUGCCUCCCAAGACAGAUGAAUGCCAAGAACAGGCAACAUUCUGCACAUCUCAUCUUAGUACGAUAUUCACAUAGUCCCUUUUCACUUGCAGUAAUAGCAAGAUAUUCCUCAUCCAUGUAACAGAAGGAAGAAAAUACCCUUGAUGUUGUGGCAUGGUUGCCAGAUGCCAGUAACUGAACCAUGGCUUUUUGCAUCCAAUACACAUUUAUC